AUGCAAAAUGCACAGGCUGUGUUGGGUAAUUUCUUGUCUAAACAUGAGGACCUAAGGCAGGAACUGAAUGAAGUAAUAGACUACAGCAUGUCAAUUGAAGAGUUUGAAAUGAGGUGGGCAGAGAUGAUUAUGAAACACAAUGUAUCUGACAACACUCAUCUGAGUGAUCUAUAUCAUCUUAGAGCCACAUUUGUCCCAGCAUAUUUCAAGGAACGGUUCUUCUCUUUCCUACAAUCUACUGCUAGGAGUGAGGGGUUCAAUGCAGUGUUGAAAAGAUAUAUUAGCCCACACAACAGCCUACACAAUUUUUUCGAACAAUACUUGAAGUUGCAAGAGAAAAUUGAUGUUGCAGAGGAUUCAGUUGAAUUUAAGGAUGAAGACAAGAUUUUCAGGCUAUGGGGUGAUUAUCCAUUAGAACAACAAGCUUUGGAUGUGUAUACGCACCCCAUCUACCUGUGUUUCCGAGCAGAACUGCGGAAAGUUACAUCCUACAAUGUCCAGCAUGUUGAUGGCCAAAAUUAUGAUGUUAUGCCAAUUAAACCUUAUGUUUACGGAUAUGGUAAGAACAGAUAUAGGGUUGAUGCUAACAUGGAGACUGAAACUUACAACUGCGAGUGUUGCAAGUUUAGCAGAGAUGGUUUGCUAUGUUGCCAUGUAUUUAGAGUUAUGAUACAGUUGGGUGCUACUGAGUAUAUUCCAGAAAAAUACAUACUACGCAGAUGGAGAAUGCUUGAAGAUACAAUAGUUGAGGAGAAGAUGGAAUUGCCCAAAGUCCCAUCAGAAAGGAAGCCAACUAACAAAGAGAGGCAGCUUAUACGUUAUGGUACUCUGUGUAAUGAGUACACUAGAGUCGCUAAAAUUGCAUCAACUUCUGAUAAAGGGAAGGCAGUAGCAGAAAAAUACAUUCUAGCUUUGGAGAAAGAUUUGUUAGCAAAGAAAGCUGCAGAGUCUGCAAAGCGGAAAAAUAAAAAGAAAGGUAAUGCAACUCAAGAUGAGGCACCAGAUGUAGGCAAUGUAGGUCAUUCUGGGCAAGGUAGCUCUACAAAAUUUGAUCAUGUUGAAGAUCCAGAGUAUGUUUCAAAACAAGGUCGACCACCAGAAAAAAGGAAACAAUCAGAGUUGCAUUUGAAGGGUUCUAAACCUGUGAAGUGCACUCUCUGCGGGUCUAAUCAGCACACUGCAGCUACAUGCAAAGACAAGAUAACCCCAGUACCAGAGCAAACAGAAAUAGACUUCUUCCGUAACAUGGUCUAG